AUGUCUGAAAUGGCUCAGUUAAAGCUACCAUUGACUCUGAAAGAACCAGAUCCAGCAAGCAUUGAGAAUGUUGAGCCUGAGAACUUUAUACUGAUAGAAGAUUAUGAAAAGUCCAACCAAGAAAAUGAGUUUUCUCAAGACACUAGUGGGCCUGAUUUUGACACGUCCCAAACCGAGAUUGUGACACAAGAACAGCCCGAUUCUACCCAGGAUUCCUCAGUUUCAAAGCCCUCAAAAGAGGAAAAACUGGCUGAGAAGGCCAGACGAAUGGCUUUACGAGAGGUUGAGAAAGAACAGCGCCUACUCAGAAAACAGAAAGAAGAACAGGAGAAACGUCUAAAAAAAGAAAAAAUGGAGUUGGAACGUCGUAGGAAGAAAGAGCAACAGCAAAAGGAAAGGGAAGAAAAGAGAGAAAAAAUAAAACACGAACGCAGGGAGAAAGAGCGUAAAAAGCAAGAAGAAAAAGACCGAAAGGAAAGAGAACGCAAAGAAAAGGAACAGAAAAGAGAAGAAACUCGACUGAAAAAACAGCAAGAGAAGGAAUUAAGAGAAAAGGAAAAACAGGAGAAGGAUAAGAGCCAAUUGACAAUUGCUUCCUUCUUCACAAAAGCAUCAAACUCUGCACCUCCAAGCUCGCCAGCUAGAUCUGACUACGAAAAUGCCCCAAAUAACAACUGUAUCUCAUCACCAAUUGCAAAUCACAGAGAAAAAUCAGACUAUGAAAGAAAAUUUUUGCCGUUUUUCAAGAAAGAAAAUGUUUCUGUCUAUUACCCAAGAGAGGCGACGCCAGAGAGUAUUGAAGAGCUUGAUGAGUUAAUCCUUGGAGAAGAAAACCAAUCACACAAUCACAUAUCUAUCCCGAUAUUCAAAAACAAUCCAGCGUUGAUAAAAUUCAAAACAGAGGACGUUAUUACAAAGAUCAACACAAACUUUAUCAAUGAAAGUGAAAUCAAUAGUAUGUUGGAUCAGUUGCCUAUAAAGUACCUAUGUUUUUAUGAAAACGCAAAGUUACCAUACCUGGGUACUUUUUCUCAGACAGUCUAUGACGUUGACCCUAAGUUGCCCAUAUCACCAUGGUCUAAAAUUGAAUCCAAGGAGAUUGAUUACAAUUACGAUUCUGAUUUGGAAUGGUCCAAAGAAGAAGACGAAGAAGGUGAAGGCGAAGAUAUAAACGGUGAAGAAGAUGACGACGAGGAAGAAGAUCUGGAAUCCGACUCCGAAGCAGAUGAGUUUGUGGAACAAGACUCCAACAACGGCUCUGUAUCUAAGAAAAGAAAAUUGAUAGGACCUCUAGUGCCUGUCGUGAAAGUAAGGAAACUGGAAUCAACCACCGAAAAUUCUGAUGAUCCACUGCAUGCUUACUUCAAUGAACUAAGACAACAGCCGCUGAUCCCCGCCCUUUCUUUCCCAAUAGAUCCACUUUUCAGUUACUGGGCGCCCAAGAAAGAUGAUAAACAGACUGUCAAGACUAAUGGAAAGACGCUCGAUGCAUUCACAAAACAGAACACUAUACCUACCUCGGACAACACUACCGUCAAUAUACUCACACCCCAGAAAAAAACGAUAACCGAUCCUGCAGAAUUGAUGAAGCUCGUUGACUUCGUCGACAAGAACUCCUGCUUCUCCCUUCCUACAAUGACGGAACUUUGUGCGGUGAACGUUUUACCGAAUCACAAGAAAAACGUUGUAAAAAAUUCAAUUCAACUAUUUACUUUGUAUGACUCCAAACAAAAAAAGAGAGUUAUCAACGAAACAGAAAUAAAUAGAAUACUUGACGUCACCAAAUAG